ACCCAAUCCCACCAUAAAAACACUAAAAAUACUAAAAUCAAUUUCCCAAUACAAUUACCAGAAAAUAAUUAUUUAAUAAUGAUUUCUCUAUAAUAAGUGUUGUGUAUAAGAACUGUAACUGCUGAUCGAAUACCCACGAGGAAAUUUGGGCUAAUUGGUGUUUGUUCAGGCAAUUGAGCGCCUUUUAUGGUCACGAUGAUCCGCCUAGUUUUAUUAGACGGAAUGAGAAAGUGUUCUUAAAAUGAGUCAACACAAAUUCUGGAAAGGAAUAACCACGCUGAAUGUACCCUCGUCGCAACAAGUACCUGAUAAGAUUGUUAAGCUUUGUUCUCUAGGUGGUGAUUUCAUUGUUCUUGGGAACGACCAUGGCCUCUAUUACUGCGAUAUCAAAGAAGACAGCUUGAAUUUUAAAAAAGUCUCAGGUAUUUCAGCUAUCGACAUAUCGCAUCACCAUGAUAUCAUUUAUAUUGUAGAUGUACACGGCCGUCUUUAUAAGACAAAUACUAGUUUUAAAAACAAAGAAGAAAUCGUAGUAAAAGAAGACUCGAAAUGCUGUCCUCAUGGCUUUAAAAGUACUAGCAAUAAAGUGAAGUUCAGAAAUGUAGUGACAAGUGAUUUUGGGCAGCUGUUCAUAAGCAUCGAUGGUCAUUUGUGGGGUUCAGGUGUCAUGCCCCAAAUAGCAUUAGAUACUAGUAGUAUUAAGAAAGUCCCAUUUUUUGAGGGAAGGACAGUGUACAGUGCUUCUGUAGGCCAAAAUUUUGCUGCUGUGAUAGCAAGGAAAAAUGUGAAACAAUCUGGUAACUGUGAUACGGACAGUGAUAAUGAUGAUGAAGAGGUGUUUGCUUCAAAUUGCUCACAAUGUCAGACCAUCAUAGGACUGGCAUCCCCUGCUUCUGUUCCCUCCUUAUCAGAAACAUGUCCACUAGGUGUCCAUAUAAGUAAGUCUAGUGAAGACUCGAGCAGUACAACAGCUCCCCAAACUGAUGUCCAUAUUGAUGCACACAGCUUUACAGAAGAUUCUAGUCCUUCAUCUGAAGAAUCUAAAGUUGCAAAAUGUGAUAACAUACAAAAUGUAAAUAGUAAUAUAGAAACAAAUCAUCAGUUACAAGAAGAAAAUGAUGUUAAUGAAAUUAAUGAAACUAUUGACACUCCUAGUGCUAGUACAGAGAAGAUUAAUAAUAUAUUUAUAAACACUGAUGCAGCAAGGCAGUUCUUAAGUAGACAGCUGUCCUGGGUAUCUGCAGGUGAAGAUUAUUUAGUAGAAUACACAGAGAAACCUACGAGAAUAAUAAAGGAAAAUGUUUCUAACUUAACAAAUUUUGUUUAUGAAGGUGUCAAAACUGUAGGGGAUAAAGUAGCUACAUUAUCGAGGCAUGUGAGUGGGAGUAGUGAAAAUAAUGACAUGGUUGAGCUUCCAAAUCGCAAUUUCAACGCAGAAAAUAGUUCUUUAAUGUAUAGUUGUAACUCUAAUAAGUUUGAAGAUCUACAAUUCUCAACAAGUACGAUUAGUAGUGAGAAAGACUUUGAAGCAGUAAGAAAAAAUGGUAACCUGAAGAACAUGUCUAAACUUGGAAAAAAUAUACUAGCCACUGAAUUGUGGACAUGGGGAGAUAUAUCUCAUGGUCAAUUAGGAAUAGGGGAUACAGUCAAAAGAGUAAAACCUAUGAUAGUCAUGAGUUUAUCUGGGUUUGGGCUUCAGAAAGUGUCCUGUGGCAAAUGGCAUUGUGCUGCUUUAACAUUAGAUGGUAGGCUAUAUAUGUGGGGGUACAACCACUUCAAGCAAGUCAGUUUUGAAUCAAGAGUGGACAAAAGUAGUCCUAAACAGUUUACUGAAAAUUCUGACAGUGACCGAGUUAGAGACAUGAUAGCAACAGACAACCACACUCUUGCCUACACUCAUAAUGAAAAUAUUUACUACAUGGGAAAGCACACAGAUGGAUUUACAGAAUCUGUUGUUAAUUUAAACCAGAAAGCUAUUGAGGACACAGAACAAAAAAGUAACGAUUUGACCAUCAACUGCAAUGAAUCCCAAAAUCAUGGCAAUAAGCCUGAAAACCUAUGUUAUCAUUGGAGAGUACUAUCUUCUGGCAAUAUAAGUUACUGCUCUGUUGAGCAAUCAACAAUUUGUCCUGAAUUUCAAAAUUUGUCCAUUGCUCAAAGAUAUCUUGAAGAAAUGCUUUUAAUAUAUCAUUCACUAGUUAAGCCUUUUCUAAAGAAAAGCAAAGCAAUCACUGCACAUUCCAAUGUAUAUGAAACUGUUUGUGAUAUAUUUGGUGACAUAUUAAAUAUAACCGCUUUAAAUGUUCUGUCAACUUGGCAAUAUGCUGAGAAGCAUGUAAAUGAAUGUGAUAUUUCUAUGAUAAAAAAUUUAGAAGAGUUUAUUUUUUUGUAUCAAAAGUAUUAUGUAGCUAUAAGUAAUUUGAUUGUUAUUGGUGGUUUUGCUCAUAUCAACAAUAUAGUUGAUGUUCCAUCAAGUAUCUAUAAUUUAUUUAGUGAUCAACUACCAACAAAUAAACAGAAAAAUAAUAAGAAAACAUCGGAAGCGCUAGUAGGUUUGGCGUUCGUACAGCCGUUGACACGAUUGAGUUCUUACAAAUGCAUUGCCCAAUCACUACUACGACACAAAAUUAAAAGGAAAAAAGGUGACACCAAAAAUAAUAAUAUAGAAGAACAAAUCAGCAAAGUUGUGACAUCAUUUGAUGCCUUAAUUGACGAACAAGAGAAGAAAAGAAAGGAAGCAGAUGCUACAAAACUGUUCUGGGAGACGAUAGGAAAAAGCUUAGAUCAAUAUAGAACACCUGAAAGACGAUUGAUUAGGGACUCAAAAUCUCGGCCGCUAAGUUUAGUUAAUCCUGGAAGAUUCAGUAGCCACUGGUUUAUUCUGUUUAAUGAUUUAUUUGUCCAUGUUAGUGGAAGCACUCCUAACGUCCAUCCAUUAGAAAUAUUAUGGGUUGAAGCCAUUCCUAACACUGACUCCCUACAAAAUGCUAUACAGCUCACAACACCAGAAGAAAUUAUUUGUGUGUCCACAAGUUCAGAAGAAGAAAAGACUGAAUGGAUACAUAUUCUUAAUGCGUCUGUUAAAUCUGCAUUAAACAAAGAUGCAGCAUAUAAACCUCCAGCUAUUAGAACAGCGUCAUACACAUUUUCGUCUAAGAAUGUGUUCUACAAAGACGCAAAAUACACUGGAAGAUGGUUAGAUGGUAAAUUACAUGGCAAUGGAAAAGUGGAAUGGCCAGAUGGAAAAUUUUACGUAGGGCAGUUCCAGUUAAACACAUUAUGCGGUCAUGGGAAAAUGGAAAUCCCUGGAGUAGGAUUAUAUGAAGGCCACUGGAAAGACAAUCUUCAAAAUGGUUAUGGCAUUAUGAAAUAUAGUUCAGGAGACAUUUAUGAAGGAUAUUUUAAAGAUGGCCAUCCCCACGGCCAUGGAAUAAAAAGACAAGGAGAUUUCACUACAUCCACAGCUACAAUAUACACAGGGGAAUGGGUUGCCGGAGUGAGGCAAGGUUACGGCGUUAUGGACGAUAUUGGUAAAGGAGAGAAGUAUCUUGGCAACUGGAGUGACAACAAAAAGCAUGGAUGUGGGCUUAUAGUUACACUGGAUGGAAUUUAUUAUGAAGGACUGUUUACACAAGAUGUUUUAACUGGACAUGGCGUGAUGGUUUUUGAAGACGGAACUCAUUACGAAGGAGAAUUCAGAUCGGCGGGGGUGUUCUCGGGAAAAGGUGUUCUGACGUUUUCAAGUGGUGACAAAGUUGAGGGCUCUUUAAGCGGACCUUGGACUGAAGGGAUAAAAAUAUCCAAUGGGAUCAUGCACCUGAAUGUUUCUGAUCCUGCGCUCUCUCCGAAUUCUAAGCCUAAUUCAUUUGGAAAACUCAGCGUGGUUUCAGACCAGAAAUGGAACGCGUUAUUCCGUCAAUGUUUCCAAAGCAUGGGAGUUUCCGACACUGCUCUGACUCCAACUGGUAACCACCUUAUCAAUGGCCCAUCAAAUGAAAACGCGAAAAUUUGGCAGAAUGUCGCAGUCGCCAUAUCUUGCUCCCAUAAAGACAAGCACGCCAAACCUGCUAAGAAAUCAAAUAGUUCCGAUAUAGAGAAGUCGGUUGAUUGUUUAGAGGUCAUCCCACAGUUUGGUCAGCAAACGCUCACGAUAAAUGACUACUCAGAACUGAAGCAAUAUCUAUUCAAUGCCUGCGAAUCCACACAUCAUCCUCUCGGCCAACUGGUCCUAAGUCUUACCAAUGCUUUCAACACUACAUACGGCGGCGUUCGAGUGCAUCCUCUGUUGUUGAGCCAUGCUGUCAAAGAGCUGAAGAGUAUCACCACGAGGUUGUACCAGGUGGUUCAACUCCUGUUCCCCGCUCUGCCGCCAGAGGGCCACGAUAUGGUGUUACCAUAUAAAGCAGAAAAUGAUUCAGAGGGUAGAGAAGAUAACAACCCUAUAGAUGGGGAAGUAGUGUCGGCCGCCUCUCUCCUGCAGCCUACCUUACUACCCCGUGUGCACCCAGCGCUGUUCGUGCUUUACGCUCUGCACAAUAAGAGAGAGGACGACCUGUACUGGAGAAGACUGCUCAAGUGGAACCGGCAGCCUGAUACUACCCUCAUGGCUUUUCUGGGGAUAGAUCAGAAAUUCUGGUCUACAACGAGCAGGAACCCUCAGGCGUCACCCACAUUUUCCCCAUUGAAAGAGCAGCUUUUCCACGAGGCGGUGGAGACUCUGCAGCAACUGAAGACAACCUUCUCACCGAUAGAGAAACUGCUUGUCAUCAGGAGCACUUUCCAGAAGAUGACUACGGCUGUGCAACAUGAAUUAGGCCAGCACUACCUAUGGAGUAUGGACGAGUUAUUCCCUGUUUUUCAUUUCGUGGUAGUUCGCGCAAGGAUACUGCAGCUGGGUUCGGAAAUACAUUUUGUGGAGGAUUUCCUAGAACCCGGCAUGCAGCAUGGAGAGUUAGGACUCAUGUUCACCACACUAAAGGCAUGCUACUUCCAAAUUCUACAAGAGAAGAUGUCAAUCAACUCCUAGUAGUAAAUUAAUUGUCUGUAAGCCCGGCCGCAUAUACCAUAUGUCCAGACAUUGUUUGCCAGAAAACUUUGUCCUACUCACUCCACAAACAUCCGAAGCGUACGUACAAUCCGGUAACAUUCUGACAGUCUGCGGAGUCUAGUACAGAAUGUAUAAGCAGAUUGCCUUCUGGUACGCAUCUUAAAUAGACUAAUAAUAAUAUUAUGCGGCCGGCCUAAAUGUCCCACUAUUGAAAUUUUAAAGCUGGAAAUAUACUGGCUUAUGGCUUGCUCGUUAACCUGGAAGAUUCAAACGCAUUGACUUACUAUACCAGCAAGACCCGCAUAUGCUCGAAAAGUGGUUGAGACGAAAGUGCCCAUGCAACUAAAGCUUUUUUUUUUGUUUAGUUUUGUCCAUAUUGCGUACAAUCGAAAUAGCACCUUACCAUAACGAAAUAAAGUUUAAAUUUGCGUGCCGUUGUUAUUGCUAGUUAUCAUAUCCUGUGCAGACGGUUUUUGUUGAACUUAGAUUUAAAGUCUUGUUUCUGUAGUAAGUCAAUGUUUUAAUGUCAUGAAUAAAGCGAUGAAAAGACAGAAUUGUUAAUAGAAUGAUCUCGCAAUAAGUUUAAGGUGCAAUGCAUAGGUUGUAUUGAUGCAAAUUCGCUAGAUGACACUGUUUCCCUGUAUUCUAUGUAUGUCCACAUUUCCAAACAAAUUAUUUUUAAUACAUAUAAAAUUUGAAGUAUGAAUGUUGAAUUUAAAGUUAAAUAAAGUUAAGUUAGUUUUAAGUUCAUUCAUAUUAAUAAAGCUGCCCCAAAAUUAUAAUAAACAUACCCAGUCUCGUACUACAGCAUUGGCUAAAGUGCGGAUUGGUAGAUAAAUAUAUACAGAUAUAUAUAGAUAAGUAUAUAUUCUCCAACAUUUUUAUGGAACAUGUCAUUUUCUAAAGAGCUUCCGAGACGAUCAAGCACGUAGAUCAUUUUGCUGGAUCAUGCUGCUUGAUGCUCCCGUCAAAUGGCUUGAUCAAGCAAACGGCAGUUUUCUCAUAUCUCGACGCA